AUGGUCUUCACAUCCCCUAUCUUCUGGCACUCAGGCCAGCAUGUGCAGCCUCACCAGCUUCCCGAUGCGCGGUCAGACCCCAAGGGACGCACUCUACUCCGUCGCAUGCGGAACGGAUACGCUGCUGUAAGCGACGACACCAUGCCGAAUCUAGGAUCGGACACCCAGUCAGAGAGGACACAGACGCCCGAGACGCCCGCCGAGAAUCCAUUCGAAAGUCCGGCAUACAAUGACGAUCCGCCCGAGUACGACCUCUCAAGCCUCGGUCAAGACCUGCCUCCUGCGCUGCCAGGGUACACCCCACUCCCGGACAGCGCACCGCGACCUAUCGGCAAGGAGGACCCGGAGCCGAGGCAGAGGAGACGCUACCUGUACGUGCUGAAGAGGAGGAUCUCGUCGACCAAGCAGAGGUUCAACAAGAGCAGCGCCAAGAGCAUCGACGAGGACACCGACAGCUCGGCCGAGUCGGAGCGGGGCGUCGUGCUGUACCAGCAGGACAACCAGUGGGUCAACAUCGAGGAGCCCAGCGUGGCCUCCUCCCCGGAGGCGAGGCCAAGGACUUUCAAGGGCUGGAUGCGGAAGAUCUGGAGGGGGAUGAAGGAGUUCUCCAAGGAGCACCCGGCACUGUUCAUCCUUGCCAUCUUUGUCAUUUUCAUCGUGGCCAUGUGCCUUUUGAUCUAG